AUGAGGAUUACACAACUGUUAUAUAUCUUGAGUGUGGUUAUCGCAUCGAUCGAGGCGGUGGAAUAUCUAAUUCGCUUCGAGACGAAGAAGGACAAGUGCCUGAAUCCACCCAGAACGGCCAGGAAAGUGGAGACGGUGAUUGGCGAGUGCCAGGAUGAGGUCCGCAAUAAGUUGGUUAAUGGUGGGCCCAAAAUCGGUGGUUAGUUUUCCAAUACUAAAAGGUUUUUCAAUCCCCAAAAUGCAGAGGCCUAUGAGAUACUCAAAGAGCAGGUGUCCCACAAGCAACCGCCCAUCGAUCCCCACGACGACUCCAUCGACUUCAUCUGGCCCUCGGCUCACGGGGUUUCCGGUGGCACUUCCAUAGUUCAUCCUUCCAGGCCCAACCACUAUGAAUAUUUAGUCUACGACGAACCCGAACCACAUCGCCAUAUGGCCAGACUGAUGAGGAACAUCCGACGCCUGGAUGUGACCAGUUCGGGCAUAUACCAUCCCACUUUGGUGCCUUUGGAAGACAAACGCAUUGCUGGGUGCCUGCUGCAUUGCGUUUAUGCCAAGAACAACGCCAUCGACCAGAAGGGUUGGCCCACCUUGGACGGACUGGUCCACUUUUACUCCGAGGGAGUCCACGAGCACGGGUUCUUCAUGGCCACCUUGCGGUCCGUGAACCUCUGCCUCCGGACAAUGACCGCCCGGUACGGAGUGAACCGCAAGGAGCUGCCCAAGAAAGGUGAAAGCUGCGAUCUGGCUUUUGAUGUCUUCGACUGCAUAUCUGACCAAAUCACCGGCUACUGUCUGGAUCAAUACAGCAGAUAUUAAUAAGUUAGUCAGACUAGUGUGCUUCGUAAAUAAAUGUUUAG